ACCAGGUUUUAGCUGAUUACCAAAACGGGGGUCUUCGAGAAUCAACACCACUGAGCAGUGCUGGGUGGAGAACUUUUUUGACAAAAAAGAAAAAAAACAACGCUUUUACUCUCAGAUACUCUUCUGGGUCAGACCGAGGCUGAGAUAAGAGCUGGCGACGCUCAGACGCGCUGAACACCUGAACCUUUUUCGUUUCUUAUUUUGCGCGUCUAUCUUUUUCGUCUUCCUCCUUUUCAUAUCAGAAAUCUGGGAUAUCUAGACAAGCUUUAUAAAUGUUAUCACCAUACUCUUUCAGCAGCGAUCUGUCCUUGUGAUAAUGAAGUGAAAGUGCGCUGCAGAUACGGCCCCAGGGGGGAAUGUGAAGUGUGUGACUGCAGAUAAGUGACGCCCUGCCCGCAUCCAGAUGUUUCAUGUUUCCCCUGCGCGCUCUUUGGAGAGAUCUGCUCGCGGAGGAGCGGUGAAAUCUUGAUCAUACAUUGCAUGCUCCAUGGCACCACAUCGGAUUAAAAGAGCAAGGGACACGAUGCUUUUUGCGUAAGGUGGUUGGCUUUUUGCUCCAGGGUUUAACUUUUUUUUUCCUGCUUCUGGAGUUUGGAGAAACUGAGGAUGGCCGCGCUGCAGGAGAUACAUUUGGUUUUGGGCUUCAUUGCGCUUUUUGUGCACGGAAAUUCUAGUCCAAAUCACGAGAAUGUGAUUGACCUCCUGGCAGCUCUAAACAUGUCCCACCAUGUAAGCGGCGUGACCAGACUGCAGAGCUCCAGCAGCACGGUGUAUAAAAUACGUCCAAGAGCUCCCUACCUGACCCUUCCCCGUGAAUAUUCCCACUUCUUGUACUCCAACCUUCAGGGCAGCAUAGGGGUGAAUUUGGUGGGUCAUCAGGUGUCGGGAUCCAGUGCCACCGUUUUUUCUCUCUCCUCUGCAUCCUCGCCCAUCCUCCAGAUCAUCUCCUCCAACCUCAAUCAGUCUCUGCGUUUGGACUACCAGGCCGAGGGAAGAUCCCAGGGCCUCGCCAGUGUUCACUUUCCGGGAAGAAAUCCCUUCUCCAGGGAGGAGUGGGUACAGCUGGCUGUGAGCCUGGAGCCUGAUAGACUGACAUUUUUUGUGGACUGUCAAGAAGCAGCUGUUUUACCAAUAAAACGUGAGAACAGGAUCAACCUGAAACUGCCUCAAGAUGUUGUCAUCAGUCUUGCCAGCACACCCGGGAAGAAAGACAGCAAAUUUAGCGGAUAUUUCAAGACUGCUGAAAUUUCACUGAAAGCAUAUCAAAGGCGUCCGUGGAUCUGUGGCAACAUUACAGAUACUCCCUCUGAGGACACACUUAGUCCAGAUUCUGGGACUGACAUCCAUCAGAUCUUGCAUCGGGAUUCUUCACCCAGUAAACAUCAAAAGAACCACAGGCUGCAAGACCAAACCAACAAUCAUCUCCUGGACAUUCAGAGUGAUCAGUUGCAGAGAGGAGCAGUACUGGGGCCUCCAGGAUCUCCUCAAGGGGUGAAGUCUGAUUCUCAGGCACAGAGAGAGGACAGGCUGAGGAAGAUGGAGAGGAGGCUCGAGGAUAUGGCUCGUAUGCUCGACAUGGUCAAAGCUCAGAAUAUAGAUCUACAGUCCCGUGUAAAACACCUGGAAGGAUGUGAGUGCGUGAGGCAGCGAUGCGUAUAUGAGGGACGUGAAAUGGUGGAUGGUCAGCGCUGGCAGACUGACAUCAACACGUUGUGUUCAUGCACAUCUGGAAGGGUCACAUGCCAAGCAAACAUCCAAACUGACGGGUGCGAGCCGGAUGGUACAGUUCACAGUGUGUCCCACAACACUGUAGAUGGCUGUCAGACAUGUACAUGUAAGGGUGGUCAGAGGGAGUGCUCUCCUCAGCCAUGCCCUACACUGGACUGCUUGGUGACGGAGAAUGUACCAGGAGACUGCUGCCAGCAAUGCAGAGGUUGCCACCAUUUUGGCGUCAGGUAUGAUCACAAAGCCACGUGGAGGCCAGCAGAGAAUCCUUGUGACGUCUGCCAGUGUUUGGAGGGUCGUGUUCGCUGUGAGAGGGAGCGCUGCAACACCCCUUGUGAAAACCCCACCGCUCCUCCACCCAACUCCUGCUGUCCAGUUUGUCAAGGCUGUGGUGUGAAAGGACAGAACUUCCCUGAUGGAGCUGUGGUACCUGCUACAGACCGCUGUCAGGAGUGCACAUGUGUGAAGGGAGAUGUGUCUUGUUCACCUCUUCCCUGUCCUCCCGUGCCUUGUCGCAACCCAGUGCAUCGUGCUGGAGACUGUUGCCCACGAUGUGAGCAGUGUGAAUAUGAGUCCACCGUGUACAUCAAUGGACAGAAGUUCCAAUCCAGGACAGACCCCUGCCUCGAAUGCCGCUGCACUGCCGGUGAAGUGUCUUGUGAACGCAUGGAUACAUCAUGUCCACCACCGCAGUGUAGUCAUCCAGCUCAGCGCAAAGGAGAAUGUUGCCCCACAUGCAACGAGUGUGAGUAUGACAGGAGGGUGUAUGCUGAUGGAAAAGUGUUCGUCCCUGCUGGGAGCGGUCCCUGCCUGCAGUGCAGGUGUAAGGGUGGGAACGUAGCUUGCCGUGAUGAGAAGUGCCCACCUGUCCAGUGCUCCAACCCUGUUUCAGACCCACAUCACUGCUGUCCAGUCUGCAAAGCGUGUGUUGUAGAGGGGGUUGAAUAUGAAGAAGGCUCCCACUGGCGCCCUGACGGUCCCUGUUCCAGCUGCACCUGUGUGAACGGAGAAACCAUAUGUUCACAGACCCGCUGCCCCCCCACCAACUGUCAGCAUCCCACCAAGACUACUGGCUCCUGUUGUGCCGAGUGUGAAAGCUGCACUUACAACCAUCGGAUCUAUACCAACGGCCAGAGCUUUACAACCCCUGACCAGCCCUGCCACGUCUGCUCCUGUCAGCAUGGCAGUGUUCAGUGUCAGAGACGACCUUGUCCUGCGCUCAACUGCACCAACUCCCACACCCCACCUGGAGAGUGCUGCCCCAGGUGUCCAGACUGCAACUUCGAAAACCGUGUGUUUGUGAAUGGAGAGGCUUUUCCCAAUCCCGUGCGUAGGUGUGAGGAGUGUAGGUGUGAGAGCGGAAGGAUUGACUGCCAUCAACUGCAAUGUCCUCAGCCUCGCUGUAAUGCACCUUUACCUGGAACAUGCUGUCAGAACAACUGCAACGGCUGCAGCUACGCGGGGAAGGAGUAUCCCAAUGGACAGGAGUUUCCUCAUCCUACUGACCCGUGCAGGACAUGCACCUGCCUAAAUGGGAAUGUCCAGUGUUUGAUGAAGAGAUGUCCACCAACACCAUGCUCCAAGCCUAAUGUGGUGCAGGGAGACUGCUGCCCCCAGUGUCCUGCUCGUCCAUCAGACUGUGUAUAUGAGCAAAGAUCCUAUAGACACACAGAACGUUUCUACCACCCGUCGGACAGCUGUCAAUCAUGUGGCUGCAACAACGGGACGGUUCACUGUCAGCGGAGGCCCUGCUCCUUCGCUCGAUGUUCUCACCCCAUCACACAAGACUGCUGCCGGACCUGCGAAGGUUGCUUAUAUGAGGGUCGAGAGCGAGCUAAUGGGGAGACGUGGGACGUCCCAUCAGACCCGUGUGCUGUGUGUGUUUGUCGUGAGGGUUCCGUCCAGUGUGAGAGGAAACGCUGUCCACCCUCCAACUGCAACCACCCAGUCCAGAGACAGUGCUGCAUGUCCUGUGAUGGCUGCAUGUUUGAUGGUAAAGAAUAUCAUGACGGCACUGAGUUUGCUGAUAACAAAGACCCCUGUAGUGUUUGUUACUGUUACGGAGGAGACGUCACCUGCACCAAGAUGCCCUGCAAUGGAGACUGCAGCCACCCUUACAAACCACCCAGGCAGUGCUGUGGAGAAUGUGAACGCUGUUCCUAUAAUGGUGUCGUCCUCGUCAGUGGACAGUCCAUCCCUGACCCAGGAAACCCCUGCUCUCAAUGUACCUGCCAGAGCGGUUCAGUGCGAUGCGUAAGGAAGCAGUGUCCACCAGCUCCUUGCCCUCAUCCCACCGCCAACCAGUGUGGCUGCCCCGUCUGUGAUGGUUGCCAGUUCCAAGGUGUGACUUAUGUUGACGGACAGAUGCUUCCCGGAGGAGCAUGCCAGGACUGCACAUGCUCAAGAGGUGAGGUGGUUUGUGAACAGAGAAGAUGCCCGGCGGUUUCGUGCUCACAUCCAGCUCUGGAUGGCUGUGCAUGUGGAGUGUGUGACAGAUGUAGCUUUCACGGACGAGACUGUUACAAUGGAGAGCGAUUCCCACAUCCUUCAGACCGCUGCCAGCAAUGCUCCUGUCUGAAUGGUGGCGUUGUGUGUUCCCAUGUGCGUUGUCCAAACCCUGUCUGUGGGCGUCCAGUGACCCCUCCAGGGGAGUGCUGCCCUGUAUGCACAGGGAUGUGUUUGUAUCAGGGUAGAGAGUAUCAGUCGGGCUCCACCUUCACGUCGCCCUCUGAUCCCUGCUCUUCAUGCUCCUGUCUGAACGAGGUGGUGAACUGUCAGAGGAGGCCUUGUCCAGUCCAGUGCUCACAUCCCGUCCCUUCAGAUUCCUGCUGUCCGGUCUGUAACUCCUGUCUGUAUGAAGGAGUUGUACAUUCUCAAGGUCAAACCUUCACGCCGUCAUCCAACCCCUGUCAACGCUGCACCUGUGUCAGAGGCACUGCUACCUGUGUGCCCCAUGUUUGCCCGCCAACGCCCUGCGCUCGACCUGUUGUCAGGCCGGGACAGUGCUGUCCCGAGUGCCCUGUCUCAGGGUGCAUGCUGGAUGGACAGGAGUUCCGUGACGGACAGUCGUGGGCCAUGAGUCCAAACCACUGCUCCACCUGCACCUGCCAGACAGGUGAGGUGCACUGUGCAUCUCCCGACUGUCCCAAGCUGUCCUGUAUGCAUCAGGUGACUGAUCCAGGCACCUGCUGUCCUCGCUGUAGAGGUUGUAUUUAUGGAGGAGAGGAGCAUGCAGAGGGCAGCAGCUGGUUUGCAGACUCCACUCCCUGUAUGAACUGCAUGUGUGUGGACGGAGUGACCACUUGCUCUGAAGUACGCUGCCUGUCUCCGUGCAUCAACUUCAUCAAUGUGCCUGGGGAGUGCUGCCCAGUGUGUGCUGAUUGUGUUUUUGAGGGCAGAGUGUACAGCCCAGGAGACAGUUUCCAUCCAGCUGAUGACCCCUGUCAGAUCUGCACAUGUGAGGUGAUGCCGGACGGAGAACAGCACCUGAAGUGUUACCGAAAGCAGUGUCCCAGUUUGGUUGACUGUCCUAAGAGCAACAUCUUGUUCUCUGGACCAGACUCCUGCUGUCCCGUCUGUGCACAGCCUCUGAGUAACUGUACUGCAAGGCUGAUCGGCAAUGAAGUGCUGGCAACAGAUGACCCCUGUUUUACCUGCCAGUGCAAGGAUCUGACCUGGACCUGCUUACACCAGAACUGCCCUCCGCUCUCUUGCCCUCCUAAUGAACAAUUCACCCCUCCAGACGGCUGCUGUCCCGUUUGUAAACAUUGUGUGAUUGAGAGUCAGAACCAGCGUAUGAUCAACGGCACCAGCUGGACAGACAGCGAUGAUGAUUGUAUCACCUGCACCUGUAAGUUGGGCUACAUUGAAUGCAGCAUUGAAGAGUGUCCACCUGCGGUUUGUCUCAGUGGCCAAAAACAAGUGAAGCCUCCUGGGAAAUGCUGCCCUGAAUGUCAAGACUCGGAGGCGUCGUGCCUGUACCAGGGGACAGUGUAUCACUCUAAUGAACAGUGGGAGGUGGAUGAGUGUACCAGCUGUACAUGUGUGUCUGGAGACGUACACUGCCGCAGUGAACGCUGCCCUCCCCUCACCUGUGCAACAGAUGAGAUGCCAGCAGUCUUCCCAGGUUUGUGUUGUCCCCACUGUCUUCCUCGUCCAGCCACCUGCAUUGCCUUUGGCGACCCUCAUUACCGAACCUUCGAUGGCCGCAUGCUGCACUUCCAGGGGACGUGCACGUACAUCCUGGCUCAGGACUGCGAAGGAGGUGACUUCAGUAUUCAUGCUACAAAUGAUGAUCGUGGACGUAAAGGAGUGUCCUGGACUAAAGAGGUGACCGUGUUUGUAGGAGACGUCACAGUGCAGCUGCUGCAGGACUGGCUUGUGAAGGUGAACAACGAAGUUGUCACUUUGCCGUUCCUCAGAGAACCACACAUCUAUAUCGAACGGCAAACCAACACUAUUUUACUCAACACUAACAUUGGGAUGAAGGUGCUUUGGAGUCCUCGUUCACAUGUGGAAGUGAGCGUUCCAGGCUCCUAUAAGGGCCAGACAUGUGGUCUUUGUGGAAACUUCAAUAACUACUACCAGGAUGACCUCCGAAUGCCCAGUGGACGACUCGGCCUGUCAGAGUCUGAAUUUGGCAACAGCUGGAGGGUCAAAAAUAGCAGCCACUCCUUGUCAUCCUGCCGUCCCGGUGAGGAUGUGGACCCCUGUAAGGACGCAGGUUACCAGGCCAAGAAGGCGGCCAACAAUCGCUGUAAAAUCCUGAAGUCUGCUGCCUUUAAGGCCUGUCAUCGUGUGGUGCCUCCUGAACCGUGGUACGGAGCUUGUGUGUAUGACCUCUGUGCUUGUGGAUCCAAAGCUGAUGAGUGUCUGUGUGACACUCUGGAGGCCUAUGCCAGCCAGUGCAGACAGGCUGGAGUCAUCCUGAAGUGGAGAAGCACAUCACUGUGUGCUGUUGGGUGUCCGGUGGAGAGGGGCUUCGUGUUUGACGAGUGCGGCCCUCCGUGUCCUGUGACCUGCUUCAACGUCGACGUACCGCUCGGGGUGAUCGAGAGCCACUGCUUCAAGCCCUGCGUCCCGGGCUGCCAGUGUCCCGCCGGUCUGGUUCUGCACAACAGCUACUGCAUACAGCCAGAGAAGUGCCCCAAGAUCAUUCACGGCAACUCUACAUGAUGCUUGAACUACUCAGUGAACAAGUGAACCCUCGCUUAGUCACACAUACAUGCACUGCCACCUCUGCAUCAGCCCCCUGUUACUGCAUAGCAAGAUUGAAAAUGGAAAAAUAUCCAGACAAACGUCCAAAACCUGUGCAUUCUACAUAUCGACUCAAAUCAAAUACUGCAUUUUUGUGUUAUUAUGAAUAUUAUUGUAUUUAGCACUGAGUAUUUAUACAACACUAGGGUUUGUCAUUUUACAUGUUCAUUGGUGCUAUCUCUAUUUGAAUUUACACAUUUAUGAGAUUAAAAAAAAAGCUUUUUUUUCAUUGCGCUGAUUAAAUUUCAUCACUGUGCACUGUCUGACUGUAUAUAGAGUAAGUCACAUAAUCUCAGGUACUCCUCUUUUCCUUCUCCAUUUUACAAAUAAAGCAAACUGUCACUAA